UUGAUUAAUCCAAAAAACUUUCAAAUGUGGUUAUUUUCAUUAAGUUCCGAUUUAUAUAGCUUUUAUUCAAAUAAAGUAUUUUUAUAUUAUUGACUAUAAAUAGAUGAAUGUUAUUAUUUCUACUUAUUAAUAAUCUAUAGUGCUUUCAUAUUGAUUAUUUUAAAACUUAACUACUAAGUUUUGACUUUACUAUACAAUAAGCAGAAGAUAUUAAUAAAAAAAUGAUUCACUCAUUUGGAAAUCCAGAAAACGUUUUACAUUUUUCUGAAGAUGACUCAGUUUUUUUCAAUGAAGAUAAACUUAGGAAAAUAUUUGAACAUCCUGAUGUGAUAAAUCGUAAAAUUGUUGCAUUUUCAAUCAUCGGUGCUUAUAGAAAAGGAAAAAGCUUCUUUUUGGACUACUGUUUGAGAUUUUUAUAUGGAAAUUUCAAAUCAAUAAACUACCCAAACAAUCCAGUUGAAUGCUCAGACGAUUGGCCUGGUUUAGAAGAUGAACCGCUUACAGGAUUUUCAUGGCGUUCAGGCACAACUCGUGACACAACAGGCAUUGUCAUGUGGAAUGAUAUUUUCCUUCAUACAAUUGAAGAAUCUGGUGAAGAAAUAGCGAUUGUUGUCAUAGACACACAAGGACUUUUUGAUAAUGAAACAUCAUCGAAAAAUAAUUCUAAAAUAUUUGCACUGUCAUCAUUACUUUCAUCAAUUCAGGUUUUAAAUUUAUCAGGUGUCAUACAAGAAGAUCAAUUACAGUACUUACAAUUUGCAACUGAAUAUGCGAAAUUUGCUGCUAAUGACAACCAUGCUGGAUCUGGAAAACCAUUUCAGAAGUUGUUGUUUUUGAUCAGAGAUUGGGCAAAUCCAGAUGAAUAUUCAUUUGGAAUGGAAGGUGGUAAAAGUUAUUUGGAAGAUUUCUUAAAACUCAAGAAUGGACAAAAAGAAGUAUUAAAGUCAGUUAGGCAAUUUAUUCAUAAUUCAUUUGAAGAACUUUGUUGUGCACUAUUCCCACAUCCAGGAAAGGCAGUGUCCGGUAGAGCACAAGUUAAGAAAUAUGAUGGGAAUUGGGGUGCAAUGGAUGAAGAUUUCAAAAUUGAACUUUUUAAUUUAAUCGAAUAUCUUUUAAAACCUGAAAGGCUUAUACUAAAGAAAAUAAACGGAAAAGAUCUUCAUGGAUUUGAAUUUUUAGAGUAUAUCCUACAAUAUUUCAAACUCUUCCAAUCUGAUCAACUUCCAAAAGCUCAGUCAAUUUAUGAGUCAACAGUUGAGAAACAAAUGAAUAUUUUAGUUGAAUUUUGUGUUGAAAUUUAUAAGAAAACUGUUUUUAUGAACCAAGAUGUGAUCAAAAAUUCAAGACAAAUUUUACUUUUUCACAAUGGAAGUGAGAACAAAGCACUAUCCAUAUAUAAGAAUUCAAAGAAAAUGGGAACUUUAGAACAUUAUGAGAAAUUCAAAUUAAUACUCAAAGUAAAAAUUGGUGAAGCUUUUAAAGAAUGGAAAGAGUCUGUAGAUAAAAGGAUUCAAAUUAUAGAAAUGGAAAAAGAAAUUGCUCGAUUAGAACAAGAUCAGCAACAUCAAGUUAAUUUACAGAAAAAAGAAAAUGAAAUGAGAGCAGAAGAAGAAAAAUUGAGACAGGAAAGACUUAAAGCUGAGAGAGAACUUCAACUGCAAAAGGCUGAAAGGAUUCGGGCUGUUGAAGAAGAAAGAUCGAAAAUUGCUGAAGAAAAUAGAAAACAGGAAGAGCAAUUUAAAACUUUACGAACGGAUGGCAUUUGGGUAGACUGGAAUACUUAUAAAAGCGGCAUUCCUGAGUUUGCGGUUGUCGGUGGCAGCGAUAGUAAUGGUUAUUAUUAUGUCAUUAGAGCAAAUCAUGAUAAUGAAAUGAUUGUUGGGAAAUACUGCCCACAAUUAAAGAAAGCGUUUAUACCGUACGGUGGUAAAGAAUAUGAAAAGCCAUAUUUUGAGGUUCUUACUCAUUCUCGUUAUAUCUGGAUGAAUAAGUCACAUGGUACUAGUAGAAAAAUACUUGGAGGAUAUGAUAAGUUGGGAAAUAAAAUUUAUGUUAUUCAGGCGCUCCAUAAUGGAAAUUUUUACCCAGGAAAGCUGCAUCAUAAUGAAGCUUAUAUAUCUCAUGGUGGAUAUGAAUACAAAAAAUCUAGUUAUUCUAUCUUAGAAGUUGUAAAUGUUGAAGGAUAUUGA